AUGACUGUCUCUAAGGAGUGCAGCGCAGUGCUUCAGAACAGGCAUAUAAAGAAGCAAGGAGGCCCUGGAAAAUUCGUCCUCUAUAUCCAGAUUGGGAAGACAGUUUUCUCAUGCUCCCUGGUUGAUCUGGGAUCUAGCGUAAACCUCAUGCCCUACUCUGUAGCACGACGUUUGGGAUACACGCAUUUCAAACCAACUAGGAUGUCCUUGGUGUUCGCGGAUAGAUCAGUUAAGUCCCCGGUUGGUAUUCUAGAGGAUCUCCAAGUAAAAGUCGGGAACACCUCUGUUCCAGCAGACUUCGUAGUUCUAGAGCUGGAAGAGGAAUCCAAAGAUCCUCUCAUAUUAGGAAGACCGUUCCUAUGUACUGUUGGAGCCAUCAUUGAUGUGCGGCAAGGGAAGAUUGAUCUCAAUCUGGGAGACAUAGUCAUGUAG